UUUUUGACAGGUAAAACAGUUUCUUUUUUAAAAGCGCGGCAUCGUUUCAAGGAUUUGUACUUUGCUACCAAGCAGGUUAUGUGAAUAGAUUAAAAUGGAUAAAUCUAAAAUCGAGAACCUUAUAGAUUUAAGUGACGUGCAAAAUUUAGAAAAUGAAUCCACACCGGCUAACAAUAUUGCAUUUGAACCGGUAUGUUUACUAUCAUCUCAGUGUUUGGAGCGACGCGAGAGUUUCGAUAACAAUCCAUUUGAUCAUGCACAAAAACUAGCCCGCAGACUUGAUGAUCCCUUUGAGAUUGUUGAAAAGGAAGCGUGUAUGAAGGCACGUAAUUCUAUUUUAACAAAUGCCGAAGUCAAAAUGGGUAAACUGCUUUCGCUUAGUGAUGAUAAUUUGUUGGACGAUGAUGAUGCUGACGCUGACGAUAUGGGUAAAAAGGCCAACAAAUGUAGAAAUUUUCUUCAUUUUAGCGAUGAAAUAAAUAGUCCUGAUUCUACUUGUACACAAAUAGCAUCGUCAACGCCAAAUCAAAAUGUAGAAAACAGUUCCGAUACAGCUAGCAGCGCAGAAAGCAAUAAAAACGCAAGAAAAAACAAAAAAUACUUGGAUCAAAGAAAGCGUUUGCUUAAGUAUAGUUUAACCAAUUCCACAUCUACUACACCAGUUAGUCAUAAGGAAAAUUCAGAUCAGUUGGAAAAUAAAAAUAGCGAUAGUCAUUUUACAGCUGCUUUAAACAAAGCAGCGAAAUCAUGUGAAAUGAUAUUUACUGAAUCACCAUUAAAAUUCGUUGAUGAUCUGAUGUUUGAAGAGCCACCGAAUCUUAUUGAUUCAGAGAAAGAUUUCGAAGCAGAUUUGGAAAUGCUUCAGAUUCCUAUGCUAAGUCAAUUACCUUCUCCUGCAAAAGUCUCAGACUUGCCCAUAAUAGAGAGUGCACGUUUAAUAAAACCACAAAUUUCACCAGACACAAGUGUACACGGUGAUAUAGAAACAAUACGAAAAAAACUUAAAGCAACACAUGGUGAUGAUGCUGACAAAGAACAGGAUAUCACAAAGUUGAUACAAGAUCUUAAAAAAGUAAUUAGCAACAGUAAUGAUGUUGAUGAACAAAAAAAAUCGGAAGUUAAUAUGUUGCUAGAAACGCUGAGGGGUACGUGGACUUCAGACAAAAAUGAUUUGAAACCUGCUAAAGAAGAGAAGGAUACAAGUAUUGGUUUUUCAGCUCCACCUUUAAAGAGGCAGGGCACUUUCGAUAUGGAAGUCGAACAGUCCUUGAAUUCAAUUAAAAAUGACGAUUCUACAAACACUGACAAUAACAUAUAUAUGCCAUCAGGAAAAGUGAUGCAAGAACACGUACGGCCUCCACAGCCCAUACCUGACAUUAUGAUAAAUUCAUCAGGUACAUUUGAUGGAGAAACUUCUGAUGAAAAAAGAGAUUUAUUUCUUCCAGAAGUUGAUCCAUUAUAUCCGUCCACACAUUCAUCACCAGCACAAUCAGAUAUCAGUGAUUUACUUGAACAAUUAGGAAAGGUCCUGGGGAAUCAGUUAGCUUUAAGUGAUGAUUCCGGCAACGCUAGUAAUGGUAAUGUUGGAGCUGCUGCUAUAAAUCCAACAUUUAUAGUCGUUAUGAAUACGCCACAAACUAACAUGCAGGAAUUGUCGCCUGGAGCCGUAAAAACUCGUCGGCGUUCACAGUCAUUGUCAUUACAUGAUAAAAUAAAAGUUUUACAGAUUCCCAUGCAGACAGCAGUGCCAGUGAUAAACAAUCAUCUUUCACCUACAACUCCAGACAGUGGAGGUUUUAAAACACCGACACGUAUGAGAGCACGACGAAAUUCUUACUCAAGUGGAACACCGCAUACGCCCUUAAAUACAGUAAAUGACAGGCGUAAGAGUUGCGUAUCUGAUACAAUAACAAAAAUUACAAAUAAUUUACGAACACCACAAAGAUUAGAAACGCAUCAUGAAACGCAACCAAAAGUUAUGAUUAAUCCUAUGCCACAAUGUAAUAUGUUUGCCUAUAAGCCAGAUUUGAAAAAGAAGCCUAAACCAGGCAUUUCAAGUGGUUCGAUAAUGAAAUCAAAUGUUCCACUUAAAGCAACCAUACCAGUGAAAAAAGUUGCACCAAUGCUAAAGCCUUCACCACCUGGUACCAUGGCUAAUAGUAAACACAACUUAAACAGUUCCAUACAAUUUCUGAAUAAACCUGGUAAACCAUCACACACGAGUACGCCAAUGUCUACAACUACUACUGCUUUAAAUACUUCACCUCGGUAUUUAGAUAAACCGCGGUAUUCAUACCAACCAACUACACCAACAAGACUGUCAGCUGGUAUAAGACGACAAACACUCGCCGAACCGAAGACUAUAAAAUCACCACUCAAACAACGCUCACCUAUGAAAAGCAGAUUCAGUACUGCUUUAGGUGGUGUCGAACCAAAAAGAUCAACUGUUCGGUUAGGUGCCAGAGCUUCGGUUGGAGUUUCCGGUGUGCAUAAACAAAAAGAGAAUAAAAAACCAUAAAUGUUUUGGACUUUCUUAACAUA